AUGGCUAUCAAACCAAUCACGGGAAUGCUCCGACGAGGACUCGUCUUGGAUUUGAGUAUUGCCAUGGGCCUAGGGACGACAUUCGGAUACCUAUGGUGGUACGGAUAUCACCUGCCUCGCGUCCGAGCUCGAGACAACUUUUACGCCAGGUUAGAAGACCAGCGCGCCAGAGAGGCCGGCUUCAAAUAA